AUGCUGUUAACGAGCAGCGUGAUCAAUUUGAGCUUUGAUUAUUCAUUUACUGAAUAUCGUGAGGGCAUGUACAUCACUCCUCAGAUAGCUGAAUUGAAGCGUCUAGCUUCUCGGUCUGAACAUUGCUCCAUCCCAGCGGUUCAGAUGAAGAUAUUUUACAAAGGUAAGCAUUUACAAGACGAGGAUACCUUAUCAACCAGGAAAAUUGUGACUGAGAGCACGUUGCUGCUGAUCAAGGGCCCUAAGCCGGCCAAUAGCAACGAUGUCAGCAUGGAGGUACCUCAAGAGGCAUCUACAUCAUCAACAACAGCGGCAUCAUCGAAUGCUGCUCCUGUACCAUGCAAAGGCGGGUGUGGCUUCUUUGGUAACCCUGGCACCAAUAAUUACUGCUCUAAAUGCUGGAAAGAUCUUAAAGAGAAGGAGGAGAAAGAGAAGGAAGAUGCGGAGGAGAAGGCCCGUCUAGAGGCCGAGAAAGUUGAUGAUUUGGUAGAGGCGAGUGAUGACCGGCCAGUGCAGAGUGAUGUUAAUCGCAUCGUGCAGUUCGUGAAAUAG